UCUCCAGCCAUUCCCCCUUUCAUUAAUAACACUGCUGGAUUCCUCAGCCCCUCAUCAUCAGGGGGGACACCCUGGAAGAGAAGCCGCCGAGCAGGGACUGCAUGCCCCCCUUACCUGGCGCCCCCAGCAGCUGCAGCCGCCCCCUCCCCCCUGCACUGUGUCCUUCUCAAUCAUUGCGGGCGAUCUGAUCUCCCUCCUGGCUGCCGGAGACUAGAUAGAAGCGGUGGAGGUGGGAGGCUGGCAGGCUGAGACAUAGCACCCCCUCCCCUCCAUCUCCGGAGCCCCCCGCCAGUGCCUGGCCCCCACAAUGCCGCCUCUCAGGACAGAUGUGCCAGUGGUUGUCGUCCUGGGAUUGCUGUGCUGUGCCCUGCACGUCCAUGCCACCUCUGUCAGCGAUGCUCCAAAAACCUGUAGCCCUAAACAUUUUGCCUGCAAGGACCAGGUAACGUGCAUAUCUAAAGGUUGGAGGUGUGAUGGCGAGAAGGAUUGUCCUGAUGGAUCUGAUGAGGCUCCUGAAAUAUGUCCACAGAGCAAGAUUUCAAAAUGUCAACCCAAUGAGCAUAACUGUUUGGGCACAGAAAUCUGUAUGCCUAUGAUUAAGCUAUGUGAUGCUAAUCCAGACUGUCCAGACCGCUCAGAUGAAGGAGCUUUCUGUAGGGAAUAUGCUCACAACUGCACCAUAUCAGGAUGUCAGCAUCACUGCGCACGUACCACGCACGGACCCGUAUGCUACUGUAACACCUCAUUCCAGCUUGCUGAGGAUGGCAAGUCCUGCAAAGACUUUGAUGAGUGCACGCUUUAUGGGACUUGCAGUCAGACGUGCCAGAACACUGAAGGGUCUUACAUUUGUGGGUGUGUGGAGGGCUAUCUCUUACAGCCUGACAAUAAAUCCUGCAAAGCAAAGAACCAGCCAGUCGAAAGGCCCACAGUGUUGCUUAUUGCCAGCACACAGAAUAUCCUGGCCACAUACUUGAAUGGAGCACCGGUACAAGGUAUCCACCCAACCAGCACUAAGCAAACUACAGCAAUGGAUUUUAAUUAUGCUGAGGAGACUGUAUGCUGGAUCAACAUGGGGGACAGCCCAUCUCAAACUACAUUAAACUGCGCCAAGAUUCCAAACCUGAAGGGAUUUACAGAGGAACGCAUCAUCAACAUUUCACUAAGUCUUCACCAUGUAGAACAGAUGGCCAUAGACUGGCUAACGGGCAACUUCUACUUUGUUGAUGACAUCGAUGACCGAAUCUUUGUCUGCAAUAGAAAUGGUGACACCUGCGUCACCCUUCUUGAUCGGGAGCUGUAUAAUCCUAAGGGUAUUGCACUGGAUCCAACCGUAGGGAAGGUAUUUUUUACGGAUUAUGGGCAGAUCCCAAAAGUAGAGAGGUGCGAUAUGGAUGGCCACAACAGAACAAAGCUGGUGGACAGCAAGAUAGUCUUCCCACAUGGGAUCACCUUAGAUCUGGUGAAUCGUUUGGUGUACUGGGCAGACGCCUACCUGGACUAUAUCGAAGUGGUGGACUACGAAGGCAAGAACAGGCACACCAUCAUUCAGGGACUAUUGAUUGAACAUUUAUAUGGCCUUACCGUUUUUGAGAACUAUUUAUAUGCCACAAAUACAGACCACGCCAAUGCUCAACAAAAAACUAGCGUCAUUCGCGUAAACAGAUUCAACAGUUCAGAGCACCAGGUAGUGACCAGGGUGGACAAAGGUGGCGCUCUUCACAUUUACCACCAACGCAGACAGCCAACUGUACGGAGCCACGCCUGUGAACUGGAUCAGUAUAAGAAGCCCGGAGGAUGCUCAGAUAUUUGUCUUCUUGGCAGCAAUCACAAGACCAGAACAUGUCGGUGCCGCUCAGGGUUCAGCCUUGGCAGUGAUGGCAAGUCAUGCAAAAAGCCAGAACACGAACUCUUCUUGGUUUACGGUAGAGGACGCCCAGGCAUCAUCAGAGGGAUGGAUAUGGGAGCCAAUAUUCCAGAUGAACACAUGAUUCCUAUUGAGAACUUAAUGAACCCCCGAGCCCUGGACUUUCACGCAGAGUAUGGCUUCAUGUACUUUGCCGACACCACAAGCUUUUUGAUUGGAAGGCAGAAGAUUGAUGGAACUGGUCGUGAAAACAUUCUCCAAGAAGGUAUCCACAACGUAGAAGGUGUUGCUGUAGAUUGGAUGGGUAACAAUCUGUACUGGACAGAUGAUGGCCCAAAGAAGACCAUUAGUGUGGCUCGCUUAGAGAAGGCAUCUCAAACCAGAAAAACUAUAGUAGAGGGCAGAAUGACUCACCCAAGAGCCAUUGUGGUGGAUCCUCUGAAUGGUUGGAUGUACUGGACUGAUUGGGAAGAAGAUCCUAAAGAUAGCAAGCGUGGAAAGAUCGAAAGAGCGUGGAUGGAUGGCUCUAACCGGAACGUCUUUGUUACAUCUAAAGCUGUUCUCUGGCCUAAUGGACUGAGCAUAGACAUUCCAAGAAAAAUGUUAUACUGGGUAGAUGCCUUUUAUGACCGUAUUGAAAUGGUAUACCUCAAUGGCACUGGUCGCAAGGCUGUAUAUGAAGGUCCAGAGUUGAAUCACGCUUUUGGUCUUUGCCACUAUAGUAACUAUCUGUUCUGGACAGAGUACAGAAGUGGUAGCAUUUACCGGUUAGAUCAAGCCUCCAAAACAGUCACCCUACUUAGGAACGAGAGACCACCAAUCUUUGAGAUCCGAAUGUAUGAUGCUCAACAGCAGCAAGUGGGCUCCAAUGCUUGCCGCGUAAAUAAUGGUGGGUGUAGUAGCCUUUGCCUGGCAGUGCCUGGGGGAAGACAGUGUGCCUGUGCCGAGGACCAGAUUCUGGAUGAUGACAAUGUCACCUGUAAAGCCAAUCCAUUAUACAUCCCCCCUCCCCAAUGUCAGCCUGGGGAGUUUGCCUGCAAGAACAGUCGCUGUAUCCAGGAACGCUGGAAGUGUGAUGGAGACAAUGACUGUCUAGAUAACAGUGAUGAGGCUCCUGAUCUAUGCCAUCAGCACACGUGUCCAUCUGAUCGAUUCAAAUGUGAGAAUAACAGAUGCAUCCCCAACCGCUGGCUGUGCGACGGCGACAACGACUGUGGCAAUGGAGAAGAUGAAUCUAACUCUACAUGCUCAGCUCGCACAUGCCCUCCUAACCAGUUCUCCUGUGCAAGUGGUCGUUGUAUCCCAACAUCUUGGACUUGUGAUUUGGAUGAUGAUUGUGGUGACCGUUCCGAUGAAUCCUCUACAUGUGCCUAUCCGACCUGUUUCCCUCUUACACAAUUCACCUGUACCAAUGGCCGUUGUAUCAACAUAAACUGGCGCUGCGACAAUGACAAUGACUGUGGAGAUAACAGUGAUGAGGACGGCUGCAGUCACUCCUGUUCUAGCACCCAGUUCAAAUGUAAUAGUGGCCGCUGCAUUCCAGAGCACUGGACAUGUGACGGGGACAAUGACUGUGGGGACUACAGCGAUGAGACCCAUGCCAACUGCACGAAUCAAGCCACUCGACCCCCUGGUGGUUGCCAUACAGAUGAGUUCCAGUGCCGUUUGGAUGGCCUUUGCAUUCCUAGCCGCUGGCGCUGUGAUGGAGACACGGAUUGUAUGGAUACAAGUGAUGAGAAGAACUGCGAUGGCGUGACACAUGCAUGUGACCCCAAUGUCAAGUUUGGCUGCAGGGAUUCUGCAAGGUGCAUCAGUAAAGCCUGGGUGUGUGAUGGAGAUACUGACUGUGAGGAUCAUUCCGAUGAAGAGAACUGUGAUAUGCUCGUGUGUAAGCCGCCAUCUCACACAUGUGCACAUAAUACUUCCAUCUGUCUACCGCCUAAGAAGCUGUGUGAUGGCAUCAAUGACUGUGGCGAUGACUCUGAUGAGGGAGAACUUUGUGAUCAAUGCUCAUUGAACAAUGGUGGAUGUAGUCACAAUUGUACUGUGGCCCCUGGAGAAGGUAUUGUGUGUUCCUGUCCAUUGGGAAUGGAAACCGGUCCUGAUAACAAGACAUGUCAGAUCCAGAAUAACUGUCCCAAGCAUCUUGCCUGCAGCCAGAGGUGUGAGCAGGAGAAGUUUACCGUCAAGUGCUCAUGUUACGAUGGCUGGAUCCUGGAACCUGACCAAGACACCUGCAAAAGCUUAGAUCCCUUUAAACCAUUCAUCAUAUUUUCAAACCGCCAUGAAAUCCGUCGGAUAGAUCUGAAUAAGGGGGAUUACAGCGUCCUUGUGCCAGGAUUGAGAAACACCAUUGCCCUUGAUUUCCACCUGAACCAGAGCACCCUCUACUGGACGGAUGUGGUGGAGGACAAGAUAUAUCGCGGGAAGUUAUCAGAAAGUGGGGCCCUUACCAGCUUUGAGGUUAUCAUCCAGUAUGGCCUGGCAACACCUGAAGGCUUGGCUGUAGAUUGGAUCGCUGGAAAUAUCUACUGGGUAGAGAGCAACUUGGAUCAAAUUGAAGUGGCCAAAUUAGAUGGUACAAUGAGGACAACCCUUCUGGCGGGAGACAUUGAACAUCCUCGCGCUAUUGCCUUAGAUCCUCGCAAUGGAAUCCUCUUCUGGACAGACUGGGAUUCUAGUAUGCCACGUAUAGAAGCAGCUUCUAUGAGCGGAGAGGGACGCCGGGUUAUUCAUAAGGAGACCGGAUCGGGAGGAUGGCCAAAUGGUCUUACUGUAGACUACCUGGAGGAGCGCAUUCUUUGGAUUGAUGCCAGAUCAGAUGCAAUUUACUCGGCAAAGUAUGAUGGUUCAGGGCACAUUGAAGUACUGAAGGGCCAUGAAUACUUAUCUCAUCCUUUUGCCGUCACACUAUAUGGUGGGGAAGUAUACUGGACAGACUGGAGGACAAACACCUUGGCAAAGGCAAAUAAAUGGACUGGUCACAAUGUGACCAUUGUACAACGUACCAACACUCAACCCUUUGACCUGCAGGUUUAUCACCCCUCACGCCAACCCCUAGUUCCAAAUCCAUGUGCAGCCAAUGAUGGAAAAGGACCCUGCAGUCACUUGUGCCUUAUUAACUACAACCAGACGUUCUCCUGCGCGUGCCCUCACCUCAUGAAGCUGUCUCCAGACAAAAAGACUUGUAUGGAAUCCAGAAGAUUCCUGUUGUAUGCUCGCCAGAUGGAAAUCCGUGGAGUUGACAUUGACAACCCUUAUUACAACUACAUCAUCUCUUUCACCGUCCCGGAUAUCGACAAUGUCACCGUAGUAGAUUAUGAUGCCUUAGAGCAACGCAUUUACUGGUCAGAUGUCCGAACACAAACCAUCAAGAGAGCGUUCAUCAAUGGCACCGGAGUGGAGACUGUUGUAUCUGCCGACUUACCAAAUGCUCAAGGAUUGGCUGUGGACUGGGUGUCUAGGAACCUCUAUUGGACAAGUUAUGAUGCUAAUAAGAAGCAGAUCAAUGUGGCUCGCUUAGAUGGGUCCUUCAAAAAUGCUGUCAUCCAGGGCUUGGACAAACCCCACUGCCUUGUUGCGAAUCCACUGGAAGGGAAGCUGUACUGGACAGAUGGUGACAACAUCAGCAUGUCUAAUAUGGAUGGCACAGAGCGGCAAGUCCUCUUUACUGGGCAGAAGGGACCAGUUGGCUUAUCAAUUGAUUAUCUUGAGAAAAAACUCUACUGGAUCAGUUCUGGGGCUGGAACCAUCAACAGAUGUAACCUCAAUGGAAAAGGACUUGAAGUUCUUCUUACUAUGAAAACUUACCUUGGAAAGGCAACCGCACUGGCUAUCAUGGGUGACAAACUUUGGUGGGCAGACCAUGCUUCUGACAAAAUGGGAACGUGCAAUAAGAAGGAUGGAUCGGACCCCAGAGUCUUGCGUCAAAACACCAACCAAGUCAUGCAUAUGAAGAUUUACGAUGAGGAGAUACAGAAAGGAACCAACAACUGCUCAGUAAAUAAUGGAGAUUGUUCCCAGCUGUGCCUUCCUACCUCCUCCACCACAAGAUCAUGUAUGUGCACCGCCGGUUACAGCCUGAAGUCUGGGCAGCAGACAUGUGAGGGUGUUGGCUCCUUCUUGCUGUACUCGGUACAUGAAGGCAUACGAGGCAUUCCUUUGGACCCAACAGAUAAAUCUGAUGCUCUGGUUCCGGUCUCUGGUACAUCACUGGCUGUCGGGAUGGACUUCCAUGCAGAAAAUGAUACAAUCUACUGGGUGGACAUGGGACUCAGCACCAUCAGCAGAGCCAAGAGAGACCAGACCUGGCGAGAGGACGUGGUUACCAAUGGCAUUGGCAGAGUGGAGGGGAUUGCUGUAGACUGGAUAGCAGGCAACAUCUACUGGACAGAUCAAGGCUUUGAUGUCAUUGAGGUGGCACGUCUAAAUGGCUCUUUCCGCUAUGUUGUCAUAUCUAAAGGACUGGACAAGCCCCGGGCCAUUACUGUUCAUCCAGAGAAAGGGUAUCUGUUUUGGACAGAAUGGGGUCAGUUCCCACGCAUUGAACGGUCAUACCUAGAUGGAAGUGGAAGAACUGUCCUGGUAGAUGUCAGCAUAAGCUGGCCCAAUGGAGUCUCAAUAGAUUACGAGGAAGGAAAGCUGUACUGGUGUGAUGCUCGCACUGAUAAAAUUGAGAGAAUCGAUUUAGAAACUGGGAAGAACAGAGAGGUUGUGCUGUCCAACAAUAACAUGGACAUGUUCUCGGUGUCUGUCUUUGAAGAUUACAUCUAUUGGAGUGACAGGACUCAUGCUAAUGGCUCCAUCAAGAGGGGACACAAAGACAAUGCUACUGAAUCUGUAUCUUUAAGAACUGGAAUUGGAGUACAGCUUAAAGACAUCAAGGUGUUCAACAAAAACCGACAAAGGGGAACCAAUGUGUGUGCUGAAAACAAUGGUGGCUGCCAACAGUUGUGCUUGUACCGAGGUGGACGCCAGCGCACUUGCGCCUGCGCCCAUGGCAUGCUUGCAGAAAAUGGCCUAAACUGCAGAGAGUACGAUGGUUACCUCUUGUAUUCAGAACGUACUAUUCUAAAAAGCAUACAUUUAUCAGAUGAAAGUAGCCUUAAUGCUCCAGUUAAGCCAUUUGAAGAUCAUGAUCACAUGAAGAAUGUCAUUGCCCUUGCAUUUGACUAUCGAGAAAGUGACAAAGGAGGCACACGGAUCUUCUACAGUGAUAUCCAUUUUGGGAACAUCCAGCAGAUCAGCAAUGAUGGCACAGGACGCAAGACCGUAGUGGAGAAUGUGGGUUCUGUGGAAGGGCUGGCAUACCAUCGUGGCUGGGACACCCUGUAUUGGACCAGUUACACCACUUCUACCAUUACUCGUCACACUGUGGAUCAAAGCCGUUUUGGGGCUUUUGAGAGGGAGACUGUAGUGACCAUGUCUGGAGAUGAUCAUCCUCGUGCCUUUGUCCUGGACGAAUGUCAAAACUUUAUGUUCUGGACCAACUGGAAUGAGCAGCACCCCAGUAUUAUGAGGGCUACACUUGCUGGCAGCAAUGUACUUAUAAUCAUUGACCGUGACAUCCGCACCCCUAAUGGACUGGCCAUUGACCACAGGGCAGAGAAGCUCUACUUCUCAGAUGCCACCCUGGACAAGAUUGAGCGCUGUGAAUACGAUGGAACCAAUAGACAUUGGAUAUUAAAGUCUGAUCCAGUCCACCCCUUUGGCCUCGCUGUAUACGGUGACUACAUCUUUUGGACAGAUUGGGUCCGACGAGCAGUUCAACGUGCAAAUAAAUAUGAUGGCUCAGACCUGAAGCUCCUCCGAGGGGACAUCCCUCAGCAGCCCAUGGGCAUCAUUGCUGUGGCGAAUGAUACUAACAGCUGUGAGUUAUCUCCUUGCAGCAACAACAGUAUAUGUCAAGACCUGUGCCUUCUCACUGCAGAUGGGAGGGUAAACUGCUCCUGUAGAGGAGAUAGGAUUCUACAGGAGGAUUUCACAUGUAAAGCCCAGAACUCCACCUGCAACCCUCAUGAUGAGUUUGAGUGUGGCAAUGGUGACUGCAUAAACUACAGCCUGACCUGUGACACUGUGGCGCACUGCAAAGACAAAGCAGAUGAAAAGCACUCCUACUGUGCUAAUCGCGUGUGUAAGAAGGGUUUCCGCCACUGCGUGAAUGGACGCUGCAUCUCCACCGCCAACUGGUGUAAUGGUCUGGAUGACUGUGGCGACAACUCAGAUGAGAUAGCUUGUAACAAGACCUCAUGUGCCCCAGAAGAGUUCCGCUGUCGGGAUGGAAGCUGUAUUGGGAACUCAAGUCGCUGUAACCAGCUUAUUGACUGUGAUGAUGCCUCUGAUGAAAUGAACUGCAACAUCACUGACUGCAGCAGUUACUUUAAAUUGGGAGUCAAAGGAGGAACAUUCCAAAGGUGUGAGAGGACCUCUCUUUGCUAUAUCCCCAGCUGGGUCUGUGAUGGGUCAAAUGAUUGUGGAGAUUUCACCGAUGAGAUGAAUUGCCCAGGUAUUCGCAAGCCACGGUGUCCAGUGAAUUAUUUUGCCUGUCCAAGCGGACGCUGCAUUCCUAUGAGCUGGACGUGUGAUAAGGAGAAUGACUGUGAGAAUGGAGAGGAUGAAACACAUUGCGACAAGUUUUGCACUUCCAUGCAGUUCGAGUGCAAUAACCAUCGUUGUAUCUCCAAACAUUGGGUGUGCGAUGGAUCCGAUGACUGUGGGGACAAAUCUGAUGAGGACAUCCAUUGCCAAUCUGCCACGUGUAGCCCUGAAGCCUUCCAGUGCCCCAGUACCCACGUGUGUGUACCCCGUCGCUGGCUGUGUGAUGGAGAUAAAGACUGUCAAGACGGGGCAGAUGAAAGUGUCCAUGCUGGCUGUGUUUUCAACAAUACCUGUGACUCUAAAGAAUUCAUGUGUCAGAACCAGCAGUGUAUCCCCAAGCAGUUUGUGUGCGACCAUGAUGCCGACUGCAGUGAUGGAUCAGAUGAGUCUCCCGAGUGUGAAUACCCUACCUGUGGUCCGGAGGAGUUCCGCUGUGCCAACGGCCGAUGCUUACUAAACAAACAGUGGGAAUGUGAUGGUGAAUUUGACUGCCAUGAUAAGUCGGAUGAGGCCCCCAAAAAUCCACGUUGUACUAGCACUGAGGGCAAAUGCAAUGACACAUUCUACCUGUGUAAAAAUGGCAAGUGUAUUCCUGAGCAUCUGAUGUGCGACAACAACAAUGACUGCGGGGACGGCUCUGAUGAGCUCAACUGCUUCAUCAAUGAGUGUCAGAACAAGAGAUUGAGCGGCUGCAGCCAGGAGUGUGAGGACCUUAAGAUUGGCUACAAGUGCAGAUGCCGUCCUGGUUUUUGGCUGAAGGAUGAUGGUAAAACCUGUGUUGACAUAGAUGAGUGCACCACCACUUACCCUUGUAGCCAGAGAUGUAUGAACACCAUUGGAAGUUUCCGCUGUAUGUGUAUCGAGGGCUACGAAAUGCGUGCAAAUGACAGUACAAGCUGCAAAGUGGCCAGUUCCAUUGAGUUGGAAGAGCCAUUCUUAAUUUUUGCAAACCGAUACUACUUGAGGAAACUGAGUCUGGGAGGCAACAAUUACACUCUACUGAAGCAGCACGAAGGCUCAGGGGGCCUGAACAAUGCUGUGGCGUUAGACUUUGACUACCGAGAACAGAUGAUUUACUGGACCGAUGUCACCACCCAGGGCAGCAUGAUACGUCGCAUGCACAUCAACGGGAGCAACGUCCAGGUUCUUCAUCGUACAGGGCUUAGUAACCCUGAUGGACUGGCUGUGGACUGGGUUGGAGGAAAUCUGUAUUGGUGUGACAAAGGAAGAGACACCAUUGAGGUCUCCAAGCUUAAUGGUGCUUAUCGUACAGUGCUGGUUAACUCCGGUCUGAGAGAGCCUCGUGCUUUAGUGGUAGAUGUAAAACACGGCUAUCUAUAUUGGACAGACUGGGGAGAUAAUUCUUUGAUUGGGAAGAUUGGUAUGGAUGGCACCAACCGCAGCGUUAUUGUGGACAGCAAAAUAACCUGGCCCAAUGGUCUGACGCUGGAUUAUGUCAAUAGCAGAAUUUACUGGGCUGAUGCCAGAGAGGAUUACAUUCAGUUUGCUAAUCUUGAUGGAACCCAGAGACACACAGUGCUUAGUCAAGAUAUCCCUCACAUCUUUGCUCUGACCCUCUUUGAGGACUAUAUAUAUUGGACUGACUGGGAAACUAAAUCUAUAAACCGAGCGCACAAAACCACUGGAGCCAACAAGACCAUGCUCAUCAGCACGCUUCACCGCCCCAUGGACAUCCACAUCUAUCAUCUAUAUCGGCAGCCUGACGUUCCUAAUCAUCCCUGCAAAUUUAACAAUGGAGGUUGCAGUAACCUGUGUCUUCUCUCACCCGCCGGAGGUUAUAAAUGUGCUUGUCCCUCUAACUUCUACCUUGGAGCAGAUGGCAAAAACUGUGUGUCCAACUGUACCGCAAGUCAGUUUGUCUGCAAAAAUGACAAAUGCAUCCCAUUCUGGUGGAAGUGUGACACAGAGGAUGACUGUGGAGAUCGGUCUGAUGAGCCUUCAGAUUGCCCUGACUUCAAGUGUCGCCCAGGGCAGUUCCAGUGUUCCACAGGAAUAUGUACCAAUCCUGCAUUCAUCUGUGACGGGGACAAUGACUGCCAGGACAACUCGGAUGAACUCAACUGCGAUGUCCAUGUGUGCCUGCCAAGUCAGUUCAAGUGUACCAACACAAAUCGCUGCAUUCCUGGCAUCUUCCGCUGCAAUGGGCAAGAUAACUGUGGUGAUGGAGAAGAUGAAAAGGAUUGUCCUGAAGUUACCUGUGCACCCAAUCAGUUCCAAUGUGCCAUUAACAAGCGAUGUAUCCCACGAGUCUGGGUGUGCGACAGAGACAACGACUGUGUGGACGCAUCCGAUGAACCCCAUAACUGCACUCAGAUGACUUGUGGGGUGGAUGAGUUCCGGUGUAAGGACUCUGGACGGUGCAUCCCUGCCCGCUGGAAAUGUGAUGGAGAAGACGACUGUGGGGAUAGUUCAGAUGAACCCAAGGAAGAAUGCGAUGAGAGAACAUGUGAACCCUAUCAGUUCCGCUGUAAGAAUAACCGCUGUGUCCCCGGUCGCUGGCAGUGUGACUAUGACAACGACUGUGGAGAUAACUCAGAUGAAGAGACUUGCACUCCAAGGCCGUGUUCAGAAAGUGAAUUUUCUUGUGCCAAUGGACGUUGUAUUGCUGGGCGCUGGAAGUGUGAUGGAGAUCAUGACUGUAUUGACGGAUCAGAUGAGAAAGGUUGUUCGCUGCGGUGUGAGCCAGACCAAUUCCCGUGCACAAAUGGCCACUGCAUACCACACCGCUGGCUAUGCGAUGCCGAUGCUGACUGUAUGGAUGGAAGUGAUGAAGUGAACUGUACUACUAGAGUAGUCCGAACCUGCCCCUUGGAUGAGUUCCAGUGUAACAACACUCUGUGCAAACCUUUGGCUUGGAAAUGUGAUGGAGAGGACGAUUGUGGGGACAACUCUGAUGAGAAACCAGAAGAAUGCUUAAAAUUCAGUUGUCCUCCGUUCAGACAGUUCCGCUGUAGGAAUGACCGUGUCUGUCUGAGCGUGUCCCGUGUCUGUGAUGGAAUUGAUAACUGUGGAGAUGGCACGGAUGAAGAGAACUGUGACCUGCAUAAGCCUAAGACUUGUGACCUGGAUAAGCAAGAGUUCCAGUGUAAGAACAGCAAGUGCAUCAGCUCCAACCUGCUGUGUGACCUCUUUGAUGACUGUGGAGAUGGUUCGGAUGAAGAAAACUGUCCCCAUAAUGUUAAACACUAUGGCUGCUAUAGCAAUAGCACCAUCUGUGGAGAGGAGAUGAAAUGCAUCCAGACACAGACCAGUGUAUACUGCACAUGUAAAGAUGGAUUCCAGAAGAUCCCAGGCAGCAAUGCAUGCAGAGAUGUGAACGAGUGUCUGGCAUUUGGUACAUGUUCACAGAUCUGUAACAACACCAAGGGCUCUCACUUGUGCACUUGUGCAAAGAAUUUCAUCAAGUCAAAUCACACCUGUAAGGCAGAUGGGGCUAACCAAGUCCUUUAUAUUGCUGAUGACAAUGAGAUCAGAAGCCUCUACCCAUUCAAUCCCAAUUCUGCCUAUGAGCAGGCCUUCAGAGGGGAUGAAAAUGUGCGCAUAGAUGCCAUGGAUGUGUAUGUGAAGGGCAAUAAGAUCUACUGGAGCAACUGGCACACUGGGAAGAUCUCUUAUAGAGAGCUUCAUACUCCUUCUUCAUCGACAAAUUCCAACCGCAACAGGCGGCAGAUUGAUGUGGGGGUGACUGACCUGGAUAUCCCAGGCCUAAAGAUGCCCAGAGGAAUUGCUGUUGACUGGGUAGCAGGAAACAUUUACUGGACUGAUUCAGGUCGUGAUGUCAUAGAGGUGGCUCAGAUGAAGGGAGAACACAGGAAAACGUUAAUCUCUGGAAUGAUUGAUGAACCCCAUGCCAUAGUGGUGGAUCCAUUAAGAGGAACGAUGUAUUGGUCUGACUGGGGAAACCACCCAAAAAUCGAAACUGCAGCUAUGGAUGGUACAAUGAGGGAAACUCUGGUAGAGGAGAACAUCCAGUGGCCCACAGGCCUAGCUGUGGAUUACUACAAUGAGCGCCUUUAUUGGGCUGAUGCCAAGUUAUCCAUCAUCAGCAGUAUCCGUCUCAAUGGAACAGAUCCUGUGGUUGUGAUCAGUAACAAGAAAGGUCUCACUCAUCCAUUCAGCAUUGAUAUAUUUGAAGAUUACAUAUAUGGCGUUACGUACAUUAACAACCUCAUUUUCCGAGUGCACAAGUUUGGACACGGCCCGGUGACUAAUCUAACUUGGGGAAUUAACCACGUCACUGAUGUUGUUCUUCAUCACCAGUAUAAACAGCCUGAUGUGACCAAUCCAUGUGACCGGAAGAAGUGUGAGUGGCUGUGUCUGCUGAGUCCCAGUGGCCCAGUCUGUACAUGUCCAAAUGGAAGAAGACUGGACAAUGGAACAUGUGUGCCUAUUCCAUCUCCCACUCAGUCUCCUGAUGAAUCCAUUCCAGAUACUUGUAAUGUAGAGUGUUUGAAUGGAGGACAAUGCUUCCUGAAUGCCAGAAAACAAGCCAAGUGCCGCUGCUCACCAAGUUAUCACGGAGAGAGGUGUGAAAUUGACCAAUGUAAAGAUUACUGCAAGAACGGAGGAAAUUGUGCCCCAUCACGCACAGGUUUACCAACAUGCCGCUGCUCUACUGGGUUCACUGGUCCCACCUGCGAAGAGCAAGUAUGCACUCGAGACUACUGUCAACACAACGCCACUUGUUCUGUCAACAUGGGCAACCAACCGAACUGCCGCUGUCUUCCUGACUUCAUCGGAGACAAGUGUCAAUACCGAAAAUGUUCUGGCUAUUGCGAGAAUAAUGGAAUAUGCCAGGUCAGCGAUAAUGGGACUAAGCAGUGCCGCUGUACGCCUCUGUUUGAAGGCAGUCGCUGUGAGAAAAACCGAUGUGCAAGAUGCAGAGACGGCAAAUGCACUUUGAACAAUGCCGAUGUUGUUUGCACGUGCAAGGAUGGACGGAUGGCAAAGUCUUGUAUGACAUGUGAAAAUUACUGUAAGAAUGGAGGGACGUGUACAAUCAACCGGUUAACAGAGAUGCCAGAAUGCCAAUGCACAUCAGAGAUGACUGGUCCAACAUGUGAAAUGGUUAUAGGGCAAAGUCAGCCAAGCUCUCAAACGGCCUCCAUUAUUAUUCCAAUUGUGUUGAUACUGCUGCUUGUUAUACUUGGAGUUGGAAUAUUCCUGUGGUAUAGGCAUCGAAUGAGCGGGGCUAAAGGUUUCCAGCAUCAGCGAAUGACCAAUGGAGCCAUGAAUGUAGAAAUUGGUAAUCCAACCUACAAAAUGUAUGAAGGAGAGCCAGAUGAUGAUGUAGGGGAACUACUGGAUGCCGACUUUACUUUAGAUCCAGAUAAGCCUACAAAUUUCACUAACCCAGUCUAUGCUACUUUGUACAUGGGGGCUCACAAUAGCAGAAAUUCUCUAGCAAGCACGGAUGAGAAGCGAGAGUUGCUGUCCCGUGGAGGCGAGGACGACUUUUCAGACCCUUUGGCAUAGGGUGGAAAUUUUAGUAAAAGGAGAAAAAAAAAAUAGUUAAAAAAAAACUUUUAAAAAUUAUGGAAAAAACACACACACAACCUAACGGUGUAUAAAGUGUAUAAAUGAAGGACUACUUUUAUAUUGAUCUCAGUAUUAUAAAUAUAUUUUUCCUUGCCAUUAUUUUCUGGAACCUGUCUGAAAUCCUUCACCUCCUUGCCCACAUGUGCUCGGGACCUGUCUGUAACAGGACUCUGCAAUAAACACUAGUGGCUCGCAGAUCUUGUCAAGCAGAUAGGAGAGUUGAAGAGAGAGAAGCAAUGAAAGAUGCUAAAGAAAGGCAGCUCGUCUUAAGGAAAGGAAUCAUCCACACAAGAAAGGGGGUGCUUUUAUUAUUUCAAGGGCUGGCCUUUUUAACCAAGACUGUUACAUUAUUUUACCCACUUCAUAAGUUGCCAGCAUGGUACAAAGUAACCGGAGUGAAACGUGUCAAAUGAGCUCUUCUCAUUCUCUUUCAGCUACUUUUUUUUUUCUCUUUUACUUACUUCAAGUUUUACCUACAGCAUACCGUACAUUAAUAUUUUUAAAUAGUUUUUAUUUUUUUAACGAUUU